CCGGCUGGGAUACCUAAGGAACAAAUAGGGAUUCUCUUCCAAAUUUUCCAACCAGCCAUAAAGCAAAAAUUGCCUUGAGCUGUCAGCGAAAAAUCCAUCAUGCUACGUGCGUGGAAAUGCAGCUGUUCCUGUUGCUUCUCCUUAUAAUUUCUUGAAUUGGCAACCAGCUUUUUUUCAAUGGCAUCUAUCCCCUGGCACUUGGUCCAGGAUUUUUUAGACGUGUGUGACAUCCAAACAAUUUAGAGGAAGGUAUGACUAUCUCAUGGCGGGCUGAUCUGCAAAGUUACUAUUGCUCUUACUUAACUGGUCUCUGUAAUUCCAGGAAAUGGAAGGGUGGGUUACAUUUUUAACAGGCUCCUCCCUUUGUAAGGAUGUGUUCCCUCUGAGAUUCUACACAAGAUAUAGACAGAGUCUUCUUGUGCUUGACUGUCCAUGAGCUUGGAUCUCAAACAACGUCCCAAUCUGACUCUUCGUCCUCUCUCCUGGGACUUCCUUCACAGCCACCGAACCUUCAGGCCACACAAUUCUAUUCCUUCAAGAAGAGAUUUUUCCCACCGUGCCUAACUCAUCACCAUGCAGCUUCUCCUGGGGCUCUUCCUCUUCUCUUCCUCAGUCCUCCUGACUGCAGGUAGUUCCUUGGAGUGUGAAACAUGUACAUCAUUCAGUGCAGAUUGCUCUGGUCCAAAGCAAAGAUGUCCUGGUAACAAUGUCGUCUGUAUGACUUUGAAGACUGAAAUUGCUACAGGAAUGCAAGCCCAAACCACUAUGAAAACUUGCAGUACGGAAGAUAUUUGCAAGAAAUUUGCAGAACUGAAAGGGAAGACUCCAACUGGCCAGCUCCCCAACAUGCCGAGUGAAGUCCCAAGUAUUCAACCUGGGGCCCUCAUUAAAGAUGUUGUCUGCAGCAAAGCCUCCCCCUCUUUUGCAUUAUUCUUCCCAGCUUUCUUUGGGGUCCUCCUACUGAAGCUUCUCUUCUAAAGAAGAGCUCUUCCAAAGGUCUUCUUUCAACAAAGGAAGUGGUCUCCCUCUUCUCAGCCUAUACUGUUCUCUAAAGCUGAUUAGGCAGGCUCUUCAAUGUUAAGCAUAUGUUUCUAUAUUUUACUAAAUGAAACCCAAUUAAACAGGCGGAAGUAUAAUUAGCAGCCUUGAAUGUGUAUUUCGAAUGUAAUUCAAAUAAAGAAAACAAUAAAGAAUACAUAAUUGGAUUCCAG